AUGUUGUCGCGAAGUAUUCUUCGAGCGACUGCCCGACAAUCUGGCUUAACCAGAGCCGCGAGCCUCGCGAGCAAAGCUCAAUGCGCUAGCUCCACUCUCCCCGUGCAAGGCCGAAGGACCAUUUCCGUGUAUGGCUAUACGCAGUCCAAGGCGCUGGUAUACUCCAAAUAUGGCGAGCCUAAAGAUGUCAUCAGCCUACACAAGCAUUCCAUCUCCGCCCCGCACGGCACCCAAGUGAAUCUCCGCCUCCUUGCAACUCCUAUGAACCCGGCCGAUGUCAACCAGAUCCAAGGUGUAUACCCCAGCAAACCUCCGUUCACAUCGGCUCUCGGCACAGCCGAGCCGACCGCCGUCGGCGGUAACGAAGGCGCCUUUGAGGUGAUCUCAACCGGCGCCGGUGUCAAGAAUUUGUCCAAGGGCGACUGGGUAAUUAUGAAGAAGACUGGCCAAGGUACUUGGCGUACACACGCCCAGCUGGAUGAGUCGCAACUUAUCCGCAUCGAGAAUAAGGACGGCUUGACGCCGCUGCAAGUUGGUACCGUCAGUGUCAACCCGGUGACGGCAUACCGCAUGGUCCGUGAUUUCUGCGAGUGGGACUGGAUGCGUGCGGGCGAGGAAUGGUUGAUCCAGAAUGGUGCUAACAGUGGUGUUGGACGCGCCGCGAUCCAGCUCGGCCGUGAGUGGGGAAUUAAGACGAUCAAUGUUGUUCGUCAGCGAAAGACGCCUGAGGAAACAGAGGCGCUCAAACAGGAGCUCAAGGACCUCGGUGCUACUGUUGUUAUCACUGAGGAGGAGAUGCUGAGUGGACCCUUCCGGGAUAUUAUUAAGGAGGCUACUCGCGGUGGACGGGAGCCAAUUCGUCUUGCAUUGAACUGCGUUGGCGGGAAGAAUGCUACGGCACUUGCAAAGACCCUGGCGCCGGAUUCGCACAUGGUCACCUACGGUGCUAUGUCGAAGCAACCUGUAGCUUUGCCUUCUGGAUUGUUGAUCUUCAAGAACCUUGUCUUUGAUGGCUUUUGGGUCAGCAGAUGGGGCGAUAAGAACCCAGUGCUGAAGGAGAACACUAUUAAGGAUGUGUUGCAGUUGACGCGUGCGGGUCGUUUCAAGGACAUCCCCGUUGACGAAGUCAAGUGGAACUGGGAAUCCGAGGGUGCAGAGCUAGCUGAGAGUGUGCAGGGCACUUUGGGUGGAUACCGCAGUGGAAAGGGUGUGUUUACUUACACUGGAGGUGAUGAGUGA